AUGACUGAAUCAGUCAUAACUAUUUCACCAAAAACAUCGCCAUAUCAUUCACCAAUUUCCACACGUCACGUAUCACCAAGUACAUCGUCGGCAACAGGUUCUUACAUGCUAGCGACGCGUCAUCGAAAUCUUAAUCAACAAACAGUAUCGAAUGAAAAAUUGCAAUUACGAAAGUUGAACGAUCAGUUUUUAAGCUACAUUGAACGUGUUCGCCUGUUUGAAACGUACAAUAAUUGCUUGACUAGUCAUUGCGAACAGAUCAAAGCUGCACAGGAACGGACGAAAACGAAAUUAGAUUUACUUAAACAAGAAUUCGAUGAAUAUCAACAGGAAAAAUUUGCUCGAGAGAGAAAAGAUAUUCAAUUAGAUAAUGAAAACAUAAAAGACGUGGAAAAACAAGUCGAUGAUGUGAAAACAAAAGAAAAAUUUCUUCAACAUGAACACGAUUUAAAUCGGCAACAAAUCAUCGACUUACAGCAACAAUUUAUUGCUUUACAAAGUAAAACGGAAAAACUUCGUUUUGAUUACGAAAAUAUUAACGACGAUUCAAAUCAUUAUCGAAGACAGAUCUCUUACUACCAAUUACUUAAAUCGUCGAUCUUGGACGAGAUAUCACAUCAGCGCGAUAUCAAUCAACGUGUACAAUUAGAAGUAGAUGAUUUGAAAAUACAAAAACAGAUCGCCAUCCAAUCACACGAAGCUGACGCUCAAGCAAUUGAAAUUCAUAAUGACAACAUGGUGUACGAUCUGGCGACAAAUUUUCGCUUUGAUGGUGUUGGAAAAAAUCCGUUGACACAGAUGUUGAACGAAAUACGUGAAGAAUAUAAAACACGAGACAACGACAUGCGUGAAGAACUACAUCGGAAAUAUUUGCUGGAAUAUAAUCAACAUAUCAAAAGACAAGUUGAUCAGAAUUUACUCGAUACCAACCGAGAGGAUAUCGAACGGCGUCAUCUGUCGAAUGAGUUAAAUUCACUGAAUGACCAUCGAACUUUACUACAACAGAAAUUAACGUUGAUACAUGAACAUUACAAACAAUUGGAAUUGAAUUUCGAACGGGAACUCAAUCGGCAGAAGAGUAUGCAAGAAAAAUAUGAGCGGCAAAUCAAUGAUUUACGUGGAUCAGUUAAAGAAUAUCAAACUCUUUUGAGUACAAGUACAUUGGUGCUUCAGCCAACUAUCGAAGCUGAAGUGAACAAAUAUCGACAAUUACUUGAAGGUUCUGAUCAACAGUUGGGCCUUCGUCAACUAAUUCAUAUGCCGAAUAAAAUUGAACAUUCGCCAUCGAUCAAUCGUCCGACAACUCCACCAUACCCGCCGCCCCCGUUAGUACAGCGUUCUCCAUCGCCUAUGAAUAAAUUAGAAUCAGUAUCAGCGUUACUUUUGAUUCCAUCUCGUACUCGUCAAAAUUCCAAUAGUGAAGCUUCAUAUGAAACAGCACCAAUAUCUCAAUCGUCGACACCAACAACUAACAAUCAACAAUAUCUCACUUUCGAGUCCGUUAACGAUAAAUUGUCUCACACAGAUUACGAUACUGACAAUGAUCAAUCGCAAACAAUUCAAUAUAUGUCAGGUCGCAGUAGUCGGUUAACUAGUACAACAGAUAGUACACCAUUAGCAAUGACACCAACAAAUCAAGAAUCAUUGCCACCAUUACCAUUCACUGAUCUCGCUAAUCAAAAUGAAACAAUUGUGGAAAUAUCAUUUGAUACGUCACAGGCCGAAGGUAUGGUUAACAGAUGGCGAAACACGAAUUUUGAUUGUAUUGACACGUCAUACUUUUACAUAGGAGUGAUAAAUCAAACAUUACCAUUUGUGCCCAUGAAUGUAAUACCUCAAACGGAUAUGGAUGAACGCAAAGAUAUAAUUUCUGAUGAACAACAAUCUCCAUUGAUUUCUACAUUAGAAAAACGAGAAGAAUCAGAACCAGCAGUAGUUGUUGAGCCAACAAUUAUCACAUCAUCGCAAAUUAUUAUUCCGAUCACCGUAGAUGUUGAUUUUAAGCCAACUGAAGAAUCGAACGAUACAAAAACAAUAUCUCCUGUAACACCAACUGUAUCGAUUGAUGAACAAUCAAAAUCUUCAGUAUCACCAAACAAUGUAUCUGAUUCAACAAGAACAGAAUCAACAGCUGCAGUUGAAAUACCUUUAUCAGCGCUACCAGCAACAAACCCAUUAGCUAAGCUAAUGCUACCUAAUGCAGCACCAUUUGUGCCAAGUUCAAAUGGAACAAAUAAUCAACCAGUAUCACCAGUAUUCAUUCCUAUCUCAUCUAUGAAUAAUGAUGCGCUACCCUUUGUUCCAAGUCAACAGCAGCCUGCAACAAGUCAACAACAAUGGAACGGAACGAAUACACGCAGCGGCAGUGGCAGCAAUGCCGGUGGAAAUCGUCGUGGACAGCUUGGCGGUGGCAAUUUUCAUCACGGCGGUGGAAAUCAACGAUCUGGUGGUGGAGGUAACUGGCACCAAAGUGGAGGCGGUGGACAUCAAAAACAACGUCGUGGAAUGAAAUAA